UGUAAUAAAAAAAAUUAAGCUUUUUUUUCAAUUCUUUCAUUUUAACUUUCUCAGUGGUGGUGAGUUCCGUUUGCCCAUUCUGAACGGGUGACAUGUAUCGUGAUAUCAAGACGGUGCCGGCUCCUUCAGGCUGGACUCCUGAAGUAAAAUAUAUCGACAAGCUCAUUUGGUCUCCCAAAGUGCCGACCGAAGUUCGACAGCGAUUCGAGCCCAAGACCAAAGAUCAGGCCGAUGCACGCACCGCCAGUUUUUUGAAUGACCAUGUCAAUCUGCAAGGCUCAUUUCCCACCGUGAAAGAACAACGAAGGCAUAUCAAGAUUAAAAAAAUCACCGAAAAGACCCAUCCUUGCUGUGGUGCCUAUGGCUUAUUUGCUGCGCAAACUUUGCAACCGCGACAGCUGAUUUUGGAUUAUUUGGGCGUAGUGGAAUACGAUGGUUAUGAUCCUACCUCGGACUACGUUUUACGCUACGGUUCCGCUUUAUCCAUCGAUGCCGCCAAGUACGGAAACGAAGCACGAUUUUGCAACGAUUUCCGUGGCGUGGCCUCGGGUCCCAAUGUAUGCUUCUUGAACUACCUUGACGAACGAACCAACCACAUCCGUGUAGGCAUCUUUGUUCUCGGCAAUCGCAAAAUCAAAAAAGGCGAAGAACUACUUGUUACCUAUGGAAAGUCUUUUUGGACCAACCGAGGCAUGGACAUGCACGCACAAUAUCACUCGACACGAUAAUCCCUCAUCCUUCAAAAUACCUCCCGACGUUUCUUUUCCCCUCUUUUCAUCAACAUGCCCAUAACACGAAAAUAGCAUCUCCUUUUUGCUUCAGCACGCCCAUAUUCCAGAAACCAUUAGAUUACAUAAUAUAUGUGAAUGUAUAUUUGAUAUUUGGUAUUUGAUAUUGAUAUUGAUAUUGUUGAUGCUGUAUAUUAAAAAAAUCUUUGGGAGUUAUGCAACGUU